GUCCGACUUGACAACUAUUCAAAUAUUACUCGAUGUAGUUCUUCACUUCAGAACAAUGGUGAUGUAAACUUGCACAAUGGUUGUAACAGAAAUGGAAAUUAAGAUUGCUGAGUUGGAAGAAAAUAUGCGAAGAAAAAGCUAUUACCAACCUAGUAAAACGGAAAAUCAAGGCAUCAUUGAUAAGGGGCAUUUGUUGAGAUCCGAAAUUCAAUUGUCAGAACUACUGGAGGCAGUUUGUGACAAAACUUCGGAAUGGACAGCUGUGGUACAUCCUAGAACCGGAAAAGGUAUUUACGCUCGUCGUGCAACAUUGAAACUGAAACAAGUACCUGAACAUCUGACCAUUCAUCAAUUUGGAGAUGCGUGCAGUGAUUUUUUGGAUGCAUACGAAGAUCGGCUAAUUAAAUUCGCACGCAGAAAACAUGAGGAACCAGUGCAUCAGUUCUGCCAUGAAACAAUAAAAGUAUGUACAGCUGUAGACGUUACACCAAUGACUGAUGAAGAGUCAGGAAAAGCGCAAAUUUUGAGUGACGAAGAGAAAGAGAAGACAGUGGAAAAAGCACUGGAUAAAUUAAGGAGAGAUGCUGAAGAAGUGGAUGAUGAACUCUGAAGUGAAAUUUAGUUUUCUUUUUUUUUGGUUUUGUUUGUAUUAUUUCUGUUUGUUCAUCCGUUUAUUUAUUUCUCAUAAACUUUAUUUCUUGCUCAGAUAUGUAUUUAUAUCCC